AUGUUGCAAGCAAUUUACGGAAUCGAUAAGAAAAUAAAAAAUAUUCAAGAAUCUAUCUCAUUUGAUAUAGAAUUAAAAUUGUUUAAUAAUCAUCAGGUGAAUCGAUUCACAACGAAAUUCGAUAACUUUAUAAAUGGUACAAAACAAAUUGACUAUCUUUACACUCAAUUUAUGAAAUUUUAUAAAGAUUCAACUCUAUACAAUUUAAAAUCACGUCAGAUAUUUAUCGAUGCUUGUUUUAAUUUAGAAGAUGGUCUAAAUUUCACAUUAUAUUUUAUGUCAAAAAUGUUGGUUGAAGAUGGAGGAGCAUUUAACUUAAUUACUGGGAAUACGGUUGAACAACACAUUUUAGCGACGCGAAGAUUAUCAACGUUGGAAUAUCUAUAUAAUUUAGUUGCUUAUUUCAUUACGAUUGAAAUUAAAGCUGCGUUAACGAUAACCGGUGCUAAAAGAAUUGCAAUUUUAACAGAUUCAGAUAAGGAUUAUGAAGAGGAUUAUAACAAUUAUAUGAAAUUUGUACCGUUGAGAAUCAUUUCUGUAAUUAUUUCACUUUUAACAUAUGCUCCAAAAUGUAGUGGGAGAUACUGGGUUUAUGAUACCCAUAAAUAUAGAAUUGGGCAUAAGUACGUAGCUUUUAAUAAUUUUUUGAAAGGAUUUUAUUAUCGCGAUACAUCCUGUUCGUAUGCUGGUCAACCAAUAAACUCUACUGGAAGUAACAUCGACCGUAGUGAAUGUGAAGUGGAAAAUUUUAAUUCAUGUAAUGGAACUCUUCAUUGUUUACCAAAUUCAGAAACUUCAUCUUCUGUAGAUAUAUGUUAUAAUGCCGAGGGUAAAAAUAGCAAUUACGAAUACGUGGUGUUAAAUAAAACUGGUACGAAAGAUUGCAGUAGUACAAAAAUAUCUUACAAACCCAACACAAAAUGUAUUGAUUGUUUCUGCUAUUGCGAAGAGUCUGAAGUAAAUGCUCACAUAUAUUUCAGUUUAGACGAAAUGGUGUCUGACAUUGAAAAUAAUAGGUAG